AUGGGUUACGGAAAGAAUGACGAGUUGGCUAUCAACACCAUCAGAACCCUCGCGGUCGAUGCCACCUUCCAGGCAAACUCCGGCCACCCAGGCGCGCCCAUGGGCAUGGCCCCGGUCGCCCACAUCAUCUUCAACAAGUUCAUGACCUUCAACCCCAAGAACCCCGAUUGGGUCAACAGAGAUCGCUUCGUGCUGUCCAACGGCCACGGAUGCAUGCUGCAGUAUGCACUGCUCCACCUGUUCGGCUAUGGCGUGAGCUUGGACGACCUCAAGAGCUUCCGUCAGGUCGACAGCAUCACGCCUGGUCACCCAGAAGCACACGAUACGCCUGGCAUUGAGGUGACAACGGGUCCUUUGGGCCAGGGUUUCAGCAAUGCUGUCGGUCUGGCUAUUGCACAGCAGCACACUGCGGGUGUGUUCAACAAGCCGAACUACGAGCUGAUCAACAACCACACAUACUGCUUCUUCGGUGAUGGCUGCGCUAUGGAGGGCAUUGCCAGCGAGGCUGCUUCGCUUGCCGGCCAUCUGCAGCUCGGCAACCUCAUCUGCAUCUACGAUGACAACCACAUCUCCAUUGACGGCGACACCAAGGUCUCGUUCACUGAAGACGUCACCAAGCGAUUCGAAUCGUAUGGCUGGCACACACAGUGGGUCAAGGACGGUGACAAUGACCUUGAGGGCAUCGAGGCUGCCAUCCAGAAGGCCAAGGACGUCAAGGACAAGCCUUCCAUGAUCAAGCUUACCACCACCAUUGGCUUCGGCUCCAAGCUUCAGGGCACUGGCGGUGUGCACGGCAACCCAUUGAAGGCCGACGACUGCAAGCAGGUCAAGGAGAAGUUUGGCUUCGACCCAGAGAAGAUGUUCGUCGUCCCACAAGAGGUCUACGACUCCUACGGCAAGCAUGCUUCGGAAGGUGCGGCUGCGGAGCAAGAGUGGAACAAGCUCCUGGAGAAGUACACCAGCGAGCACAAGGAGGCUGGUGCUGAGCUCAAGAGGCGUCUGACCAGGAAGCUUCCCGACGGCUGGCAGACAAAGCUUCCUGUCUACAAGCCAUCUGACGCCGCAGUUGCUUCCCGUAAGCUUUCCGAGGCUGUUCUCGAGGCUAUCCAUGAGGCUGUGCCUGAGCUCCUUUCUGGCUCCGCUGAUUUGACUGGCUCCAACAACACCCGGUGGAAGAACGCCGUCGACUUCCAGCCACCAGCGCUCGGCAUCGGCGACUGGGCUGGUCGCUACUUGCGCUACGGUGUCCGUGAGCACGGCAUGGCUGGCAUCAUGAACGGCAUGUCCGCCUACGGCACCGUCAUCCCCGCCGGCGGCACCUUCCUCAACUUCGUGUCAUACGCCGCAGGCUCCGUCCGUCUCUCCUCGCUCUCCCACCAGCGCGUCAUCUACAUCGCCACUCACGACUCCAUCGGUCUGGGCGAGGACGGACCAACUCACCAGCCUAUCGAGACGCUCGCUCACUUCCGUGCCCUGCCGAACAUGAUGGUCUGGCGCCCGGCUGACGGCAACGAGUGCUCUGCUGCCUACUACAUGGCUCUGACCUCUACCGAGACCCCAUCCAUCCUCGCCCUCACCCGCCAGAACCUGCCACAGCUCGAGGGCUCCACCAUCGAGAACGGCAUCAAGGGUGGCUACGUUGCGCUCGAGGACAAGUCUGCACAGAUCACUCUUGUGUCAACCGGCUCGGAAGUCUCCAUCUGUUUGGAGGCUGUCAAGUACCUCAAGGACAAUAAGAAUGUCACUGCGCGUGUGGUGUCUAUGCCCUGCACAGAGGUCUUUGACGCUCAGUCGAAGGAGUACCAGCUCUCUGUCAUUCCUGAUGGCAUCCCUGCUAUGUCUGUCGAGGUCAUGUCGACACUCGGGUGGGAGAAGUACUCGCAUGAGCAGUUCGGUCUCAACAGGUUCGGUGCUUCUGGCCCAUACAAGGACGUCUACAAGAAAUUCGAGUUCACGCCAGAGGGCAUCUCGAAGCGUGCGGAGGCGACGAUUGCAUUCUACAAGGACGUCAAGCCGCUGCGCUCGCCGGUCAACCGCGCCUUCCAGCAGCUCAUCUAG